CAUUUGCCCAGUUUCAAGUUGACAAUCGAGUGAAUCGCAAUGCGAUCGUUGGCGAAGCGGAACUUUUGCUUCAGCUGCGUUUUAUUGCUGCUUUCGUUUCUAUCUCAUUCGCAAUCAGAGUCCCAGCAGCAGCAACAUCAUCGCGUGAAACGCAUUGUGGGCGGCAAACAGGCCAAGGCACCGCCUGUCGAUGAUCCGGUUGUGUUUGCACGUCUCUUCGAGCGAGACACGCGAGUCGAGGGCAUUCGCAAUCCCAGCACGGGCAUCUAUAGCUUCCUGGGCAUGCACUAUGCCGAGCCACCGGUGGGACAACUGCGCUACGCUCGCCCCAUCUACAAGCGACUGGGUGGCGAGCUGAAUGCCACACACCAUGGCCCGCCCUGCAUGCAACCGCAUCCCCAGCAGCCGCAUCGCAUCAUCGGCGAUGAGAAUUGCCUGCUGCUCAACGUGUAUACGCCCCAGAUGCCCGAUGAAACAACUGGGCUGCCUGUCUUUGUCUGGAUCCAUCCGGGUGGCUUUCGCUACGGUUCCGCUGCCCAAUACGAUGCCACGCCCAUGGCCCAACAGGGCGCUAUUGUGGUGGCGCCUCAGUAUCGUCUUGGUUCGCUGGGCAUCAUGGGCGAUGGCACAAAGGAGUUCGAUGGCAAUCUGGCCAUGUUCGAUCUGUCGCUGGCAUUGCGUUGGGUCAACGAUUACAUCGCCAACUUUGGGGGUGAUCCCAAGCAGGUGCAGGCCAUUGGACACGGUUCGGGUGCUUCGAGUGCCAUGUACUUGGCCAUGUCGCGCACCGCACGCAGUUCGAGUGAGGUGAGCGGUGUGGUUGCCAUGUCAGGGACUGCUCUGUCUCAAUAUGCCACCGACAAGGAGCCGGUCCAGAGCGUCCAGGAGGUGGCCAAGAUCAAUGGUUGUCCCGCGGCCAAUGAGCUGGAAAUUGUCAGCUGUCUGCGUGCGAAAUCCGCCAUGGACAUCAUCAAGAACGAUGACAAAGUGCAAACGGAACGCCUAGCUGGCCGUGCUUUGGUCAAAGGACUCACGGGCAGCGUUGGCUUUCAGCCGCACACCGAGGCCGAGGACGACAGACGCGCCUUGCCAAGCUUAAUCAUUGGCGAACCGGAGCAGCAGCUGCGCAACAACAACUUUACGGGAAUUCCACUCUUGACGGGAGUCACCAAGCACGAGACAGCAAACUCUGUGACUGUGGACACGCUGAACAAAGUCUUUGGCUCCGCGGAGAAAUUCCUCGGUUCGCUUGGCGGUGCGCUGCAACAGUUGACGGGAUUUCUGCGCAUCGAUAAGCUAACUGGGGAUAUUGCCAAGCCCGUGCUGCCAGGGUUAAGUAAUCUGCUGACACCCACGCUGCAGGAUCUGUGGAAGGUGCCCGAGACACUGAAUGUGGAUCAAGUGCUCGAUAAAGUUGUGGAAUCCACCACAGAUGUGCUGUUCAAUCUCCCAGCUGUGCUGACCACGCAAGUGUGGUCCAAGUUAGCUCCCGCUUAUAUGUAUAGCUUCGAGUACAACGGCACCAAGUCGAAGGGCAGCACAUUUCUUAAAGGCUUGCCCAUAGUAUCGGAGCAGGCACACGAUAAACCCGAGACGGUGGCUCAUGGCGAUGAGCUGGGCUACAUGUUCGAUGCCAACGAUAUCUUUGGCAAUCCGCUGCCCGAAACGCGUCUCAGCAGCGCUGAUGAUCUGCAAGUGCGUCGCAAUCUCAUCCAGAUGCUGCUGCAGUUCGCCAAGAAGUCAAAGGGAGAGGAACAAAAGAAUGACAUCACUUCGAAGCUCUUUCAGAGCGUCACAGGCGGAGGCACGCCUUUCAUCAAGGUGCACACCGAACUGGAGGCGGCGAGUGAUUUCCGUUUCUGUGAACUCUCAGUGAUGGGCGCUUCCCUUUCGCCUCUAACCUCGACGAGCUGUGCCGCAUUGGGCGGACUUCUGGGUGGUCUAGGACAGACUCUCGGUGGCGUGGGCAACCAGCUGGGACUUGGAAAUGUGGGCGGCAAGCUGGGAUUGGGCGGAGGAGGAGGCGGAGGAGGCAACAAACGUGGUGGCGGAUUCGGUUUGGGGCUGCUCUAAGUUUGUGUUAGUGUGCAUAUUGAAUAAAGCCGUUUGGUUCGCAUUGAUAUAAGCUG